AAAGAUAAAACAUUCUUCAGAUCUAUACGCGAGCUCCCCACCUCUCUGUCUGUAUCGAAACCGAAAGGAUAAAAGCGAAUGAUUAAUUGCAAACGUUUCCCUCGACUUGAUCGGAAUACAGUUUGGUGAAAUCCUACGCUCGGCGUCACCUUAUCCAUGACGGGGGAGGAAAUCAGAGCAAAAGCUGCCCUGGUGAUGUUGGAAACCACGCAACACCGUAUCGGAAACCUACCCAACAUCGCGUCUUGGUUCACCUCUCUACUAGAGAAGUGUGGAAAUACGUAUUAAAGAGGGGAUUGGAUACAAUGAACACUGAAGGAUCCGGAGUCAUUUCUUGGAUCCUUCUAUCGCUUGUGAUGGCUUUGCUUGUCUGAGGAAUCUGCAGAAGAACAUGAUAAAUGGUGAGUGUGGUGUGGACAUCUGGUGCGUAUUUACGCAUCAGCAGAAUUCACUUAGAGAAUUUAAUUCAUUUUAAACUGAAUUGUUGUGAGGUAUUUUUCUUCUGAACCAUGUCUCUUUUAUAGUGUCUGAUCGGAACUCUACUCCGUAAUGUCCUGGUGGUUGUCUUGUUGACCAAUUCGAGUGGUAAACGUAGAUGUAACUACGCAGAGAUACUGGGCUCCUACAGAGAGGUCAUCUUUGUUGAGCUGCAGAAUCUGGUAUAAGUAUGCUCCUGAAGCGCUGUGUCGUCUGUCUUUCAUCGUGUGCAUUUGAAGAACUUUUUAUCGUGUUUGAUCGUGUUUUACUCAUCAAAAGAAUUUGCUUGCAGCAAAUCUUGAACACCCUCCGAUAACAUAAACAAUUGCAAUGUUUGAGACUGUCAUCUUUUUUCCAUCUUUUGAAUGAAAUUAAAUUCUUUGAAUAGAUGCGCAAUUGUUUUCUUCUGCAGAAUUUCACAGCCUCAGCUAAUACCCCCAAAGAGAGAGACAUCUGUCCCUCAGGAAAGGUAAGAGGUGUGACAGUAUGUGCACUUUCAGCACCAUGGACAGGGUAUUAAUGACUGAUGUCAGUCUAAUUUGUCCUGAUACUGAUGAGACUGUUAUUGGCUUUCAAACGCCUUACAACAUAAAUGGGGUGUCUUAUAUCAAAGAUUACAGAGAUAUCGUAAAUAUUGUUUGAAAUGACUUAAGUUCCUUCACCUCUUUGGAUACUUUUCCACUGCAGGCGCGCCGCAUCCUGGUUUCCAUCUAUAGUAAGACAAGGCAGAUGCAGUGUCACAGGAGCGGGAAGCAGCUGUCGGAACUGGAAAAACCACUCAAGAAUAUGGAGCAGCUUAUUAUUAACAACUGCAGCCCUGCAUAUCUGGUGAGAAAAAGGACAACAGUUUGGUGUUUUCUUAUUUACUUGAAUUAAACCAAUGCUACUAUUAGUUUUCAAUGUAUUCCAAAGCAUGCAAAACAAAACUGCAAGCACACACCAGGGAUAUUUCUUGCCUAAUCACCCCUCUUGUGGCCAAAAUAAGAACACCUGUAAAAGGCAGCAUAACAGCACUAAUUCUGGUUGCUUACAGGGACAGACACCACCUUGCUCAGCUGUUGGUAAAAUACAAGGAAAGAAGAGAAAGAGGACGAGGUUAAUCAAAGUUAUCAAGGCGCUCAUUACUUGCUGGCAGAAGCUACAGACUGUCUUGGUGCUCUCAAAGUAGGAAACCCUGUGUGCCCUCCACCUUCUCUUGCUCCCAGUACUCUCUCAUGAAGAUAUUGGCUGACCCACAGCCAUUGUUCGACUGUGUUUAAACUUUCUCGUUUUUUUCAAAUGCAGUGUUUACUGUUGUGAAGUUCUCAGUUUUUUGUGUAAACUGUCAGCAUCAUCCCCUUGUGUAACGGAAAAGUUUUACAGUAACCACAUAUAAGCUAUCACACUGUAUCUUCAACCAAGUGCCUUCAGAAUAUGUUGUGAACAACCAGAUUUCUAUCUGUAUCAUAUGUCAACAUACUCAUGAUAUGUGCUAUGACCAUUUUUGUUGCAUUUUCAACACAAUAAAACAUUUUGAUAUCUGUAAA